CUCACCAGUGUUUUGUGAACUGUAAUUGUAUGUGGCUUUCUGUUGAACCGUGAGAGACACUGUAGGAUGUACCUGGUUCACUUUUGGAUGGAUUGGAUUGUGUUGACAGUCCUCAGCCUAUGCCUGCCUGUGUGGAGUGCUGCUAAGGUGACCCAACCCUAUAAAGUGGUGAGCACCAAUGGUACAGCACAAGUCCAGUGCUUUAUCCAAUCCCAUCCCCCCUACAACCAGAUGCAACCCCUCAAUGACCAGAGAUUGUCAUAUGCCAAUCAUGGCCUCGAGGAGCUCCGUGUGACUCUGCUAAAAGGCCUUCAUGGCACCCAGGAAGUCUGCUCCUCCAUCCUUAACCUCAGGGAGCAGAGAGACGCGGCUGUGGAGAAAGAAGGAGAGGUGCAGUGCUCUGCUCAAGUGAGAGGAGGCGCUGUGGAGGUGACGGUAUCUGGACUGAAAGCGACAGACACAGACAUGUAUCGCUGUGACAUAGAGGUCUUCUACCCACCACCAUACCUACGGCUCACUGGCAACGGCUCACUCAUUCUGGUCUUAGACAGCUCUGAUUGUGCUGUGAAGGGGGCUCACAAACACUCUGUAGACCUGAGUGAUGAAGAAGAGGAUGAUGUGGGCAAUGAGAAGAUUGCAUCAGUCAAUGUUCCUGUGGUUGUACUGGUCAUACUGGUCCUGUUUGCUCUCCUGAUAAUUUUCUCUUUCCAGACUCUCCAGUAUAAACAAGGGAAGAGGGAGAUCAUCAGAACAGUGUCUGGUGCACUUCACAAAGUGGACGCUGCUGCAUUUCCAUGUGAGAACUUUGCAUGAAAACCAUACAGCUGCAUCUCACCCUCUUCUGAAUAGUCACCUUGGGGCCAUCAUGUCCAAUGCAGCCUUGUAUCUACCUAGUAGCAUUACAAUAGAACAGAUUUCAAAUGGAGGGUUAGGCAAACACAGAGUCAUUAUUGGCUCUUAAAGAGACAUCUCUGUUUUGACUGAGGCUUUUUCUUACCACAGCUAUAGAAAAAUCAAAGUGACAUUUGAGUGUCUGUGCAUAUUUUACUUAUUAAGUAUGAAAAAGUAAUGUUUACGUUGUUGUAAACACAAAACUCUGAAGCUUUUCAUUUGACUUUUGUAUGGUCAAUGCUGUACCUGCUGAGUACCUGGAGCAAAGUUACUUAUUUGAUUAAAAACUGGGUCACUUGAAGUUUAACUUCAUUAAAUGCUCCAGCUAAGAAAAUGCAAUGCUUUGAAAUAUUAUGCUAAAUGGCUACAGACGUACUAAUAAGUAAUGAAUAUUUGUAUAUUUUGUUGCCAUUGCAAUGUUUAGCAAAUAUUCAUGUUGAAUAUUUCUGUAAAAUAAAGUUUCUCAACUUUAAAUUGUACUUCUUUUUUAAAAAAUAAAUGCAUUUGCUUGUGUGGGGAUUAAUCAUACAGAUUGAAACUGAAUCUACAUUGUGUUGUGCUGUUGUGACACUUGUGUAUUCACCUUUUUUCAAAUUGGUCAAGUGUACACAGAACAAUGCAACAACAUAAAGACAUACAGUAUGGAGUGCUUGAAAGUUGAUUCUGGUAGCUAAAGAAAAGAUCUAAGGGUUUAACUGUGGAUCUGAAUUUAUGGGUUCACAAUGAGAACCGUUUCACUGACAGAGUGGGCCCUGCUAUGUAUAUGAUAAUCUCAGAAAAAGAAUAAAGGAACCAC